CGUCAAACGUUCGACGGUUGGCCAAAAAAACAACAAUCACCCCCUCUCUGGAAUCGGUGACUUAAUACAGAAGGCGCUAAUUUGUGGCCACCCCGGUAUGAUUGUGUGUUGAUUUGAUUGUGUGUCUGAGGCCUGGGCCCGGCAGAAAAUAAAAUCCCGCGCCCGCGAUUUUUCCAAUUUGUCCCGAAGCUAUAAAACCGGCAAACCGCGGAUGACACUUUUCACAGUUGAUCGAUCGCAAUCGGUCGGUGCGGUGUCGGUUCUGAGAAGCGGAAGAAGUCGUGGUGACCCAUAAAUGUUCUUGUGACCGGUAAGAGAGGCCGUUUUUUCCCUUGGUGGGGAGCCUCAUAGCUGGGCAGUGAAAAAGUGUGAGACAUAACUUCAAUUGACUUCGAUCGAGUGAUAAGCGACGAACCUGGAUCAGUUGAAAUAUACUUGUGAAGAUUUGAAUUUCUGAUAAAAUUUAAUAUUUGGUGAAAUUUAAGAGUUUAAGUCAGUGGGUUUCAUAGACAAACAGAGAGCAAACUGUUUAAAAAUUUUUCAGUGGAACAAAGCAUAACGCAGGUGCGGUUUUCGAGAUUUGACAGUAAUUAGUUUCGCCCGCCCAACACCACCCACACAAUUCACCGGUUUGCCAAUAUGCUACAAACUUUCUAUCGAGAGGCCCUAGAUACUGUAGCUAUUACUCAUUGAGAGAGAGUGAGGUGUGCAAUUAGAAGCGCUGCUUAAAUCUCCAUCCAGCAUCUCUUACUAUCGUUCGGCAAUCAGAGAAGAUGAAGCUAGAUCGAUUCACAAUCACCCGAAUCAGCAAUCGGAUUCUCGGAAGGAACGGCACCGCAGAUAUCAAUGGCACCCCACCGGUGGCCACUUUUUCCAUCAACGGUUCGAACGGGGGAGGAGGGCUGAAUGGAGGAGGAGGAGGAAAUGGAACCGGCGAUGAUCAUUCCGUUUACACCGUCGGCUCCGAUUACGACGAUAAUUACAACAAUUUCACCAGAGAACCAUUUCCCCGGUUGGAAUACUACAGUGCAUCGAAGCGAGGACUUAAGAGGCCAUCGAUCGGUGAACUACAUGGCGACCGUGAUCGGAAACCGCCCACCUUGGAAUCGAAAGACCAGCAGGACAGCCACGGCCACAGCAUCAAGCUGGGAUGGAUCGAGGGGGUGCUCAUUCCAUGUCUGCUCAACAUCUGGGGUGUUAUGCUGUUCUUGCGACUCAGCUGGGUCGUAUCGCAGGCCGGCAUCAUCCAGACGCUGAUCAUCAUCGGCAUCUCGUACGUGGUGUGUAUCAUCACAGCGCUCUCGCUGUCGGCCAUCUGUACCAAUGGGCAGGUCAAGGGCGGCGGCAUCUACUACCUGAUAUCGCGAUCCCUAGGUCCGGAAUUUGGAGCUUCCGUUGGAAUAGUGUUCGCCUUUGCCAACUCCGUGCAGGCUUCGCUGAACACGAUCGGUUUUUGUAGCUCGCUGAACGAUCUAUUGAGAUCAUAUGGAACGAAGAUCAUCGACGGCGGAGACAACGAUGUUCGGAUUGUCGGAACAGUGGCGAUCGUCGUCAUGGUCAUCAUCUGUGCCGUUGGAAUGGAAUGGGAGGCCAAGGCCCAAAAUUUCCUGCUGGUUACGAUCGUCAUAGCUAUUUUUAACUUUUUGGUCGGAGUCGUAAUUGGGCCGAGCCAUGACAGCGAAAAGGCCCACGGGUUUGUGGGAUUUUCAACGGAUGUUUUCCAACAGAAUAUGCAGGCAGACUAUCGGUACAGUGAAGGAUCAGUCCAGAAUUUCUUCACGGUAUUCGCCAUCUUCUUCCCCAGCGUUACCGGAGUCCAGGCCGGGGCUAACAUUUGUGGAGACCUGAAAGAUCCAGCAUCGGCAAUCCCUAAGGGAACAUUAUUGGCCCUUCUUAUUACUGCGAUAUCCUACGUGACAUUUGUAUUCUUUGCUGGAGGCGCUGCACUUCGAGAUGCUUCAGGAAACAUCACGGACCUGGUGAACGGAACGUUCCCUGUUUGUGCAAAUCAAACCUGCGACUACGGUUUACAUAACGACUACACAGCUAUGCAGUUGAUGUCUCUAUCUAGUGCCAUUAUCUACGCCGGAUGUUUCGCAGCAACCCUGAGUACGGCCUUGACUAACCUGCUUUCAGUACCUCGAAUCAUUCAGGCACUCGGCAUCGAUCACAUCUACCCCGGUUUGAUCUUUUUCUCCAAAGGAUACGGCAAACAUAGUGAACCCUAUCGUGGCUAUUUUCUCGUGCUGAUCAUCUCAGCCCUGUUUGUUCUAAUCGCCAACAUCAACACAAUCGCUCCGUUGAUCUCCAACUUCUACCUUGCCUCGUACGCCCUAAUCAACUUUUGCACGUUCCACGCAGCCACCGUGAAACCCCUAGGAUGGCGACCCACCUUCCGGUUCUACCAUCCUUGGCUCAGCUUACUCGGCUCCAUUCUUUGCAUCGUGAUCAUGUUCCAACUGGACUACAUCUUCACAAUCGUAACCAUAGUGAUCAUCUUCAUCCUAUACCUCGUCGUUGUCUACCGUAAUCCGGACGUCAACUGGGGCUCCAGUACCCAAGAGCAAACCUACAAAAGCGCUCUUUCAUCCACCCUGAAGCUUCAACACAUCAGUGAUCACGUGAAAAACUAUCACCCAUCGAUUCUGGUUCUCGCAGGAAACCCCAUGAACCGACCACCCCUCAUCGAUCUCGCCCAUCUCAUCACCAAGAAUCAUUCCCUAAUGAUCGUCGGUGACAUCAUCACCGAACACCUUUCCCACCGCAAGCGACAGGAACUGCUCAAAGCUGGUACCAAAUUUCUCGAAAUCCGCAAAAUCCGUGGCUUCUAUCAACCCAUCGACGGACUGUCGAUCGAGAACAGCGUUCACGCGCUGAUCCAAACUUCCGGCGUCGGAAAACUCUCGCCCAACAUCGUUCUACUGGGCUACAAGGCAGAUUGGAUGACCUGCCCGGUUAAGGAUCUCCUCACCUACUACAAUGUGCUACACGAUGCCUUCGACUGUCGGAUGGCCUUGGCCAUUCUUCGGAUGCCCAACGGCUUGGACUUCUCCCAACUGAACACCGAAAUCAUAACGGAGAUCGUUUCCGAUCCGGCCGGGGAACCGAAGCGCAGUGGUGAAAUGAUGUGCAACGCCGGUUCGAGCAGUGCCAGCCUGCAGCAGGCCAUCUCGACCAUCAGCAGCAACGAUGGGCUGAAACCGCCGCGGAAGCUGAUGCACGUCGAUUCCAACCUGGAGCUGGACUCGAUGCACAGCAGUAAUACUACGACGCUGUCGGCCAGCGGUGAAGUUCCCCUCCCAAGUCGACGUACCAUCCAACGGGACAGCAUUGUGUAUUCAACGCGGGGUGGAUCGACCGUUCCCAAGGAAAUCCUGGACCGGCUGAGUGUGUUCCAAAGGCGACAACCGAAGGGUACGAUCGACGUCUGGUGGUUGUACGACGAUGGAGGCCUCACCAUGCUGGUACCGCACAUCAUUUCCAUCCGAUCGAAAUGGUCCCAAUGCAAAAUACGCGUCUUCGCCCUCACCAACCAACAGAUGGAGCUGGAGGUCGAGGAAAAAAAUAUGGCCAACCUACUGACCAAGCUUCGGAUCGAUUACGCCUCGCUGACUAUGCUGCAGGGGGUGAUGGAUCCACCGAAGCAGGAAACCAUCAACAUGCACAACUGGAUGCUGCGGAACUUUUCGGAAACGGACGCCACGGCACUACGCGUCACCCCCGAGGAACAGGCAGCCCUGCAUGAGAAAACCAAGCGGCAGCUGCGACUGCGCGAGAUGCUACAGGAACAUUCCCACAGCGCCAACCUGAUUGUGAUGUCGAUGCCGAUGCCCAGAUUGGGUACCGUGUCGGCUCCGCUGUACAUGUCCUGGCUGGAAAUGCUCACCAAGGAUAUGCCACCGUUCCUUCUGGUGCGAGGUAACCAGACUUCGGUUCUCACCUUCUAUUCUUAAGACGAGCAAAGCAAAGAGAAUACUGCGACGACAUAAUCAGUAUUAAACAAGAAAACGGACGUUAUUUACUUUAAGAGUUAUGUAGAAUGAAGAUUUCGAUAGCUUUAUACCAUU